AUGACCAUCCCUUGGAUUUGGCCAGUGCGCGCUGCGCAAGUCCUCUUCAGCUUGAUCGUUAUUGGACUGACCGCAUACGUCGUUGAUGUCUCGGCCUGGUGGUCCUACACCAGUAUUGUCAACUUCCUGCUCUUCGUCGGCUGCUGGUCUGCCUUUCUGGCCAUCCCCUACCUGGUAGCCCUUGUUUAUUAUCCCAAUCUCUCCAACCGCUAUCUUGUGCCCGCUAUGGAAAUAGUUACCACGAUCUUCUGGUUCGCAGGAUUCGUUGCCCUCGGUGCCACACUGCCUCCAGCUGCAGUAUGCUAUGGCAAUGUCUGUCGUUCUCUUCAGGCAGCGACUGUAUUCAGUGCAUUUGAAUGGGUUGUUUUCGUACAUAGGGCUCUCUUCAUGGUCACCACUUACUUUGCCAUUAUGGACUUCACUCACAACCGUCACUGCGGUGAGACCGCCAACAAGUCCCAGGGCCACACCAACAUCAGCGUUUAA